GUAAGCGAAGCCCGGAGACAGGAAGCGAGUCUUCCGACCAUCGUAGCAUCCCCCAGGCCAAGAAGUUCGGCAAGUCCGUUCUCACUCGCCCUGGCAACAGAAGAGCUACUUCCCAGGUGAGAGGUCACGACGGAAAUGGCCAGGAGGUCAAUCAGAGCCGGAGUUUUCAUAUCGUGGACAUGGGUGAUGGAGAUCCCCAUCAGAAAGCGGAUGACAUGAGCGAUGACAAGGAGGGAGUUUAUUACGACCCGCAGUGCAGCAGGAGACCCGACCAGGGUCCAGACAAUAUUGGGAACAAAGACUACCUGGAUGAUCGUUCAAAGGUCAGCGAGUCUCCUCAUACGUACCACCAGGACACUCUAUGGUGCACAGACGAAGGUCAAGGCCGCCCAGAGCAUCCCAAACGGCAGCUGAGUUCCGAUUGUGCACGUGGUAUCAAGGGUCCGCGUGGUUUUGCCAGCCAAAGACAGAAGCGGUUUUCCGAAGAUGAAGGAUGCAGAGGUGGCUUUGAGCAGACAAAGAAGCAUCAACAUGGUGACCGGAAUGUAGAAGAUGGCUGCCAUGGUGACGAUGGUGGUUGGAGGUCCACAAAGACGUCGCGGAGCCGCCAGCUCGAAAUGGAGUUUUGCCGAAAGGUGGCGCAGCUGUGGGCAGAGCGGGAGGUCAACGUCAACCGCAACGCCAAGGGCUCCAGUCGACGUAGCACAUGGGAUACUAGCCUCAAUACCAAGGAUUCAAUAAAAUCUCUGACACGGGAUAGUGUCACCACCAAGAAAGUUACAAUAUCUAUCCCAGUCAGCAUGUCUACCUCGACUUCCUCGUCUACCUCGUCUAGUGAAAGUGACGAGAAAGAGAAAAGCUCAUCUAGAUGGUAUUUUUUGCCUUGGUGGUGGCUGUACGUGGUCUGGAUGCUCUCCAUGAUCUUGGCGGUGUGCUUGUCACUGGUGAUUGUGCUGUACGGCCUGAAGAUGGGCUACCAGGGCAGUGUGGACUGGCUGAUCUCCUUCUUCACAGCCUGGAUCAACGACACCUUCGUCAUGCAACCUCUGCAAAUCAUUGGCUUCUCGCUGAUGGCUGUCGUGCUGCUGCGCCGGACCGUGGACAUCCGCAGCUACUCGGCAGAGUACCACACCAACAAAUACAACCUGGUUACACAGGUCCAUAAACUCCAAGAAUUAGAAAGACAAAAGGCGGCGUUGAGAGCAGAGUGGCGGCAGACACAAUACCACUACCCCAUAUCCUCCAGCGAGGUAAAAGACAUUAAGGCGAAGUGGAAGCAGGACGCCAGGGCACACAUCGCGCUCCGCGAGACGCUGAUGUACAUCGUCUACAUCAUUGUUGUCGUCGUCGUCCUCCUGGGACACUCGAACGUGUGGGAGACAAACUACAUCAACACCGCGGUCAGGCGCAGGUUGACUGAUCCACCCAAGAGCAGGGACGACCUCGCAUUUUCUAAGGUGGUUACUCAGAAGGACAUCUGGACUUUCAUGGACACCACCUUCCUGUUUUCGAUUGAGAGUAGAGACGAUAAGCUCGACGAUAGGAUCGUGUUAUACCGCUUGAGCCUUGCCAGACUGCGGCAAGUCCGACAGCGGGUCCAGUCAGAUUUCUGCGAGCCAGGUGCCCCAUAUUCCGAAUAUCUGCGAAAGCGCCCUCCAUGUUAUGAGCACUUUUCCCCAGAUAUCGCCGAAACAAGAGACUUUGAGCAGUCCUGGAAAACUGGUGGCAACUCUACUGAUAACCAAACCAGUUCGCAAAACGACUCCUCGACUCCACAAGACGCUUGGCGCUAUCAUUCGGAAGCCACCCUAAACCAGAGCAGUAUCUCGGGUAUCUUCGGCACUUACCCAGGGGGUGGCUACGUGUUUGAUCUCCCAUUCGGGAUGGAGACGGCCCGCGACAAUAUGAGCUACUUGCAAGAAGCCGGGUGGCUAGACUCGAGUAGUCGCGCGGUCAUCGUGACCUGUACCCUGUACCACGCCCACAGUGACCUGGCCACUGAGCUCACCCUGCUCUGGGAGCUGAGUCCCGCGGGCAAGAUGUGGUCUCGUCUGGACCUUCACACCACCAGGCUGCACUACUACUACAACGAGCGAGGGCGCUUCUUGGCGGGCUGUGAGGUGAUGAUGGUGGUGUGGACACUGCUAUACUUCUACUUCGAGACGGCGAAGCUAAAUCAGGUCGGAUGGCGCAAAUACCUGUCCCGCACCUGGAGCUGGCUGGCGAUACUGUUGAUGACGCUGACCAUCCUGAGACUGGGGCUGCUCAUGAACCUCCUGGGGCAGCUCGAGAACUUCCGGAUGGAAGUGAAAACUGGCCGCAACAGCAAGCACGUGAGCUUCGUCCACAUACGUGAGACGUCGGAGACCCUGGAGGGGGUCGAGGCUAUAUUAUUGUCGUUAGCGAUUCUCAAGGGGCUGAAAGUGGUGCGCUUCAUUAAGCGCUUCCGUCUGCAUCUGGAGACCUUUGCCAUCGCCCAGCCCAGCGUCCUCGGCGGUUCCAUCAUGGCUGCCGUCCUGCUGCUGGCCUUCGCUAGCUUUUCCUAUCCUCUCUUCGGCUCAAAAUUGGCCGGGUACAAGACCUUCCAGCACACGCUGCUGCAGCUCUUCACCUUCUGGCUGGGGGAAUCCGACUUCUACGGAGUGCUGGAGGCCGACAAAUUAUUCGGCCCACCCUUUUUCUUCCUCUUCGUUUUCCUCUUCUGCAUCUUAGCGGUCUUCUUCUUUGCCAGCAUCACAAUGGAGGCCUAUGAAGUAGCCCGCGUCUCCGUUACGUUGAAUACCCGGGGGGAUUUCUUGUUGGAAUAUUUCAAGCGCUCUAUCCUGAUGCUGAUUGGCAUCAAACCCCCUGAGCGUGUCGUUCUUCGUCGCAGGCGCCCCUACUUCCCUGGGUGACACUCUGCACUCAGCAUCAACAUUUUCCAGCAUAAAAUAUCAUGACAAACACACUAACGAAAGUAAAAGAUAAAGGAGCACAAAAUUAUAUGACUACUUUAAACACAGUGAACCCUAGCCGUAUUAAUACAUUUUCUUUGUACAGCUGGCAGUGACAAAUGAUAGAACAGGCUGCAGACCAGAAGAAACGCAGCCUCAGGCUUCUGAGCAUGUGAUAAAGGACUUGUAACAGUAACAAACAAGUCAAAGAGAAGCUACAUCACUAGGCAGCAACUACCAGUUGAAUCUGUUGUAUUAAAGUUACAGUUGUUUGUCUUUAAAAUUCACCUAUUAAUAGUUACUGUUAUUUUGCAUAAAUAAUGUUGAAUUAAAAAUCUU